AUGGAGUCUCAGGUGCGCCAGAACUUCCACCGGGAGUGUGAGGCUGCUAUCAACUGUGUUGUGAAUUUGGAGCUGCGUGCUAGCUAUGUCUUCAUGUCUAUGUCUUGCUACUUUGACCGUGAUGAUGUGGCCCUGAGGCACAUGGCCCAGUUCCUGAUGGAGCAGUCCCAUGAGCACAAGGAGCAUGCAGAGAAGUUUCUGCAAUACCAGAACAAGCGAGGGGGACACAGUGUCCUGCAGGACAUAGAGAAGCCAGAGCGGGAUGAGUGGGGAAACAGCCUGGAGGUCUUGCAGCAUGCUCUGCAGCUGGAGAAGACCUUGAACCAGGCCCUGCUGGACCUGCAUAAAGUGGCUACAGAGCAGAAUGAUCCUCAUCUUUGUGACUUCCUGGAGUCUGACUACUUGGAGGAGCAGGUGAAGGCCAUCAAGCAGCUGGGAGACCACCUCACUAACCUGAAGCGCCUAGGAGUACCCCAGAAUGGCAUGGGAGAGUACCUGUUUGACAAGCUCACCCUGGGGGAGAGCAGCUGA